AUGGCAGGUCAAAGGCAACCUCGAUACAAGUUUGAUUUCAAGACUCCAACAAACGUUGAUCCAUACACAAGUACAACAAGUUCAUUUCUUAGCAUGGGAAAAUCAAAUCUACCUUCAUGGAAACAAAAAUCAUCUAGUUCUGCCUCGCAAUUCUUCGGUAAACUAAGCUCCUCCAGCUCAAGUGUAACACCAGGUACUUCAUUACGGGGCUCUACUCCUUACAAAGCCUUCACACGAACACCAAUCAAUCCUCCUGGAUCUCGUAAGAAUCCUCAUCAUUCCAGCAGUGUAACAUCAGCAGCCUCGGGACCUUCAGUCCUUGUUGCACUUGUUGAAGGUCGGGGAUUGGCAAAAGGUGAAAUUGGCAUGGCAAGCCUCGACUUGAAAAGACCAGAACUUCUUUUAUCGCAGUUUUCAGACAGCCAAACGUAUGUGAAAGUGCUAACAAAACUUCAAGUUUUGCAGCCUCUCGAGGUUAUCAUACCAAACACGGCUUGUGAAGCUGGUAAGAUGACAAAGCUUUGUGAAAUCAUCACAGAUCAGUUUUCCAACGUCAGUCUCUCAACUGUGCAACGAAAAUAUUUUAACGAAUCCCAAGGUUUACAGUAUAUAAAGCAACUGUGUGUCCCCGAAUUCAAUGCCGUAGAAAUGGAGGUUUCCUCCAAAUACUACUGUCUUGCAACUGCAUCAGCACUUCUCAAGUAUGUUGAAUUCAUUCAAAACCUUGUUUACGCACCUGGAUCAUUGAGGAUUGUGUUCAAAGGAAGCGAACAAACGACUAUGAUUGAUGCAUCAACAGCAAGAAAUUUAGAGCUGGUACUGAAUGCUCGAAAUUUAGGAAGUGAUCAUUGUCUUUACGGUGUAAUGAACCAUACAAAGACUGCUGCUGGAGCUCGUAUGUUGAGAUCUAAUAUACUGCAACCACCAUCAGAUGUUGGAACAAUAAACACGAGACUUGACUGCGUUACUGAACUUCUUGAAAAAGAGGAAGAGUUUUACACGCUGCAAUCAGUUCUUGCAAGAUUUUUAGACGUGGACCACAUUACAACAAUGUGCAUACAAGUUCCAAAGACGGAAACAGUAAAAACUGCUGAAUCAAAAAUAACCAACGUAAUUUACCUCAAACACACUUUGGAACUUGUUGAUCCUCUACGAGAAGCGCUCAAGAAUUUCGAGAAUACACUCUUCACUGCAUAUUACCAGACUUUGAGUGAGCCUAGAUUUAAGAAAAUUAUGGCAGAAAUACAGAAAGUGAUUCAUGAUGAUACGCGCUAUCAAAAGGGAACUAUGAAUAUGAGGACACAGAAAUGCUUUGCAAUUAAACCACACAUUAACGGUUUACUGGAUGUUGCAAGAAGAACAUACACAGAGAUUGUUGACGAUUCUUUAGCUCUUGUGAAGCAGCUUGGUGAACGACAUGAUUUACCUAUAAAAUCUGCUUACAAUACCACCAGAGGUUUUCACGCACAAAUGAACCUUAACAAUAAUAUAUCAAUUGAAGAAUUACCCAGCCAGUUUAUUAAAGUUGUCAAAACGAAAAAUGUGGUGGCAUUUACCACAGCUGAUUUGAUCAAACUAAAUGAUCGCAUACGGGAAUCAAUGAAUGAAAUCUAUCUGAUGACGAACAUUGUUGUAUCGGAACUGUUGGCAGGAAUACGUGAUCAAAUAGGCUGCCUUUACAAAUUAAGUGAUUGUGUGGCCACGUUGGAUCUCCUAGUUUCGUUCGCUCAUUCAUGUACUCUGGCUGAAUACGUUCGGCCAGAGUUCACUGAUACAUUGGCUAUUCAACAAGGAAGACAUCCAAUCUUAGAUAAAAUUUUAUCAGAACCACCUGUUCCUAACAAUACGUACGCAGCUGAUGGAAGCAAUUUUGUGAUCAUCACAGGACCAAAUAUGAGUGGAAAAUCUACAUAUCUGAAGCAGAUAGCUUUACUUCAAAUCAUGGCUCAGAUUGGAUCAUUUGUUCCAGCAGAAUAUGCAUCCUUUAGAAUAGCGCGACAACUCUUCACUAGAAUUGGUAGUGACGAUGAUAUUGAAACCAAUUCAUCUACUUUCAUGUUAGAGAUGAAGGAAAUAAACUACAUCCUACAGAAUGUCACCAACGAUUCUCUGAUUAUCAUCGAUGAACUAGGAAGAGGAACCAGCAGCGAAGAGGGACUUGCUAUUUGCUACUCAAUAUGCGAGCACUUGCUUGCGAAUAAGGCAUUCACUUUCUUUGCAACGCAUUUUCUGCAGCUGACUACAAUGGAUGGCUUGUACCCGAAUAUUGAAAACUAUCACAUGGAAAUUCAGAGAGUUUUCAACGAGGAUGCACAGGGUGAAAAGAUAUCGUAUACUCACACGCUGAGCAAAGGAAGUACAAGUGAAAAACAUUAUGGAUUAGAACUAGCCAAACUCUCCGCACUGCCUGGCGAUUUGUUGCACGAAGCUGAAGAAUUAUCAAAAACUCUUACAGAACAAAAGAAGUCUCAGUCAGAUUCUUCAAUCGAAGCGAGGAAAGAAAGGGCAAUCUUUCGUCUAGGAAACAAACUUACUCAAGCUGCAAAGAACUCGCGUCUUGAUGAAAAUGGACUACGAGCUUAUUUGCAAGGUCUCAGCUCACAAUAUUACAGGGAUAUUGAAGACACGGAAGAGUAA